AUGCACACAUUGUUUCUGUACGGCUACGCGGGCGCUACGAUCGGGAUGGCCAUUUCUGUGCUGUACUUCGGUAUGCACACCAUCAACCAGCGUCGCCUCCAACAUCUGGUGCUGAACAGUAGUGAUGUUUUACAUCAUCUCUACGCAUUUCGAAGGAUGCGUCCGGUGACCCGCAAGUACGUGAACGCUUACCGAACGAAGCUGGUCCAGCGACGGUUGCUGAAGAAGAUCAAUCAACUUCGUCCGAGGAUUGCGCUACACACCGAGAUGCCCCGCUGGCAGCUAGUCUCGUCGGCAAGUGGAUCACUGCGUGCCGUUCCGUGCCCGGAGUAG